AUGGAACAUGUCCACUGUCGUCUGGAAACUAAAGAUUUAUGGGAUAAAUUCCAUGAUUUAGGAACAGAGAUGAUCAUUACUAAAACGGGAAGGCGAAUGUUUCCAACUUUAAGAGUGUCAUUCUCAGGAUUAGAUCCAGAUCAAAAAUAUUUGGUAUUAAUGGAUAUAAUCCCGGUUGAUAAUAAAAGAUAUCGCUACGCCUACCAUAGAUCAUCGUGGUUAGUUGCUGGAAAAGCCGACCCACCGCUUCCUAACAGAUACCAUGUCCAUCCUGAUUCACCAUUUACUGGUGACCAACUACAAAAACAAACUGUCUCCUUUGAAAAGCUGAAAUUAACCAAUAACAUGAUGGAUAAAACUGGACAUGUCAUAUUGAAUUCAAUGCAUAAAUACCAACCUCGUAUUCAUAUUGUUAAGAAAAAAGAGAGUACGCCUUGUCAAGGAUCUUUUACCUCUUUAGACGCUGAAGAGUACCGAACGUUUGUUUUUCCAGAAUCAGUAUUCAUUGCAGUGACAGCGUAUCAGAAUCAAUUGAUCACGAAAUUAAAGAUAGACAGUAAUCCAUUUGCUAAAGGUUUUAGAGAUUCUACUAGACUAACAGACUUUGAUAGUGAAGGUCAACUUUUCCGGCUAACAUUUCCCCUAAUUUUUGACCGAAUAUUUUACGAUUGA